UAAAUCCGUGCACCAGUCGGAAUCGGAAGUUACAUUGCUUGGGUUGCUUGGAGAAAAAGACACGAGAAAACAGAAAGAAUAUAAGGUAGAGAGAGUAAGAGAGCGGACUGCCUUAUCCUGGUGAAAGCAAAGUUAGAAAGAUGGAGUCUGUUUACAUUAAACAGGAGGAGGUUCUGGAAUUGGUACCUGUCUGCAUUAAACAGGAGAUGCCUGAACUGGAGCCUGUCCACAUGAAAGAAGAGACUGAACUAGAGCCUGUCCACAUUAAAGAAGAGACUGAACUGGAGCCUGUCCACAUUAAAGAAGAGACUGAACUGGAGCCUGUCCACAUUAAAGAAGAGACUGAACUGGAGCCUGUCCACAUUAAAGAAGAGACUGAACUGGAGCCUGUCCACAUUAAAGAAGAGACUGAACUGGAGCCUGUCCACAUUAAAGAGGAAGAGACUGAACUGGAGCCUGUCCACAUUAAAGAGGAAGAGACUGAACUGGAGCCUGUCCACAUUAAAGAGGAAGAGACUGAACUGGAGCCUGUCCACUUUAAAGAAGAGACUGAAUUGCAGCCUGUCCACAUUGAACAGUCUGUUGAUUUGUUGUGUAAGGAUUCAGAAAACAUAUCCCGGCCAAAGAUAUCACAUCAUUGUUCUGAAUGUUGGAAGAGCUUCAGUCGAUUAGGAAACCUAAAAACACACCAGCGAAUUCACACUGGAGAGGCGCUGCAUCACUGUCCUAAAUAUGGGGAGAGUUUCAGUCAGUUAGGAAACCUAAAAACACAGCAGCGAAUUCACUCUGGAGAGAAGCCGUAUCACUGUUCUGAAUGUGGGAAGAGCUUCAUUAAGUUAGGAAACCUAAAAAGACACCAGCGAACUCACACUGGAGAGAAGCCAUAUCACUGUUCUGACUGCGGGGAGAGUUUCAGUCAAUUAGGUCACCUAAAAACACACCAGCGAAUUCACACUGGAGAGAAGCCGUAUCACUGUACUGAAUGUUGGAAGAGCUUCAGUCAUUCAGGUCACCUAAAAACACACCAGCGAACUCACACUGGAGAGAAGCCGUAUCACUGUGUUGAAUGUGGGGACAGCUUCAGUCGGUUAGAAAACCUAAAAAGACACCAACGAAUUCAUACUGGAGAGAAGCCAUAUCACUGUACUGAAUGUGGAAAGAACUUUAGUUGCUUAAAAAGCCUACAACUACACCAACGAAUUCACACUGGAGAGAAGCCAUAUUACUGUAAUGAAUGUGGGAAAAGCUUCACUGAAUCAGGACAACUAAAAACACACCAACGAAUUCACACUGGAGAGAAGCCGUAUCACUGUACUGAAUGUGGGGAGAGCUUCACUGAAUCAGGAACCCUAAAAGCACACCAGCGAAUUCACACUGGAGAGAAGCCAUAUCGCUGUACCGAAUGUGGGAAGAGCUUCAGACAGUCAAGCACCCUAAAACGACACCUGCAAAUUCACACUGAAGCCAGCCUCCCUCCCUCCCAGUCCCUCACCUCUCCACCCUACAUGUUUGAGUGUGUGGAGAGCUGACUAAUUCAUUCUCUCUCUCUCUCAUCCUGCAGUAAAUGAAGGGGGUCCCCAGGAGUGAGAGCCAGCCUGAAUCCAGAGACACAGAGAAGGGGAUUGUGUCAAACUGAAGAGACAGAUCCAUUCUUUCAGAGUGAACUGGAGAGCCCUGGGAUUCAGCUCCACUCCUGCCCCUGAAUUGGAAAUGAAUCUCACUCAUCAUGCUGUGAGGAUUUAUGACAGUUUCAGGGUCAUUCUACUUAGAAGGGAGACAUUGGAAAUAUAUGCCAAGCUUUUUCUCUGAACACUAUAUAUGUUUGAUGCAACACAUUAAGCUGCCAGUAUCAUAUAUAAAGCUCUAUAUAUCAUUAAUUUUUUUUGUAUCUUGACUUUUCGUAGUUUUUUUGUGACUUUGUAGACCUAGCCGUGAUGUAUUAAAGUAAUUUUCAUUCCUGUAACUUUGUUUCAUCCUUUCUGCGGUAGUUUAAUUAUGAAUGUUUGUUUCAAACUACUUUUGUAUACAAAUGCUUACCCUUCAUGUAUUAUCAUUUUCUUUCCUGAUUUAAGACUUCGGAUUGUGCCUGUUGUUUUACGCAUGCCUCCUACUGGUGUAGAUUCAACUCGUUGUUCAUAUGUAUGUGAAACUUCCUGUUUAAGAGUUUCAGGGCUUUGAGUUACUUUUAAAAUAAAGCACCUUAAAAUAUAAAAGAAAGCAAAAAAUGUGUUAAUAGUAUGUUAAAUAACAAUGGCAAGAAAUACAUUUGGUUUUCCUUUUAGAUCUUAAGGUGAUUUAUGAAUGAAGAGAAGCAUGUAAACAGAUCAUUGCAGAGUUCUUUAAUUAAACACAAACGGAAAUCUUUUCUUCUCAGUAAUUAAUGUAGUGCACAGACAACUGAAAUAUGCUAAAAGUAUUUACUUGCGUAGCCUACUGUAUACACUGUACUUUCCUUUUACA